AUGUCACCUCUAUGGGCUUCAAUUAAAAGGCUUCGAAUUAAAUAUCAACAUGAGAGCGGUAAUGACCCAUGGUUUUUUGAUUUUUUAUUACGAGUCGGUGAUGGAAAGGAGGAAACAUUGGACGAGACCUUUAUUCAUAUACUUGAUAACAUGUUCAUUCCAUACAUUGAUGAAACUACUUCAGUAAAUGCUCUGAUUGAUGCAAUAUUUCCUUCUUUGCAAUCCAACGGCACCGAUUCAAAAUUUAUCAUUUCGAGGGCGAUAUUGUCAACUAAAAAUGAAAGUGUUGAUAAGAUUAAUAAUAAGUUGAUCGAACGAUUUUCUUGCGAGCAAAAAGUUUACUAUAGUUUUGAUGAAGCGGAAGAUGACAAAAAUAACUUAUAUCCGAUGGAAUAUUUGAACUCGCUAAAUGUUAGUGGUAUACCCCCUUCAUUAUCUUCGGUUAAAAACUGGGUGCCCAAUAAUACUUUUGUGAAAUAUCGAUUCCUCAAAUGGGUUAAGUAA